AAAGGCUGCUUUGACGAUUGAGCUAGGCAGAUUUUGGCACAAUGCAUAGUGAACUGAAAAUUUACGAUUAUUUAAGCACAGUUGAAAUACUGACCUAGAUUAUAUGAGAGGUCGUUUUGUGCCUGGCAAUUGGGUGGCGAACUAUUUCAUAUUAGCGCCCUUAACGGUCCGGUCUCAGUGUGGAAUGUUGAUGUGAAACAAACGGGGCCGUUUCGGGGCCAUCUGACUUCUUUCUUUGGGGAGCCAUUUGGGGAUACGGAGACAUUUUCAUGCCCACUCUAUCCUCGACAGUGAAUUUGACUCUACGCUUUAAAAAUGGAAGCUUAUGAAGGAGCUGGGCCCGGGGAAGGAGUUCUAGAUUUGUCGCGUUUGAAUCUAAGCAGUUUGAGUCUUGACAAUGUCAGCGAGGAGCGCAAGCGGGACACCCGGCAGCUGUACUUGACGUUUAACCGACUGACCUCGCUACCCGUGUCAGUCUGCCUCUUUUCCAACCUUGAAUUUCUAGACAUCAGCAACAACGGGAUGUCGGUAAUCUGUGAAGACAUAACACGGCUGAUCAAGCUCAGGACAUUAAUAGCUAAGAACAAUCGUCUAGACGAGUUCUCGCUGCCCAAGGAGUUCGGUUCAAUGCAGCUAGAAGUUCUGAACUUUAGUGGAAACAGAUUUGAAGUGAUGCCGGGGCAGCUUAUGAACUUGCAGCGUUUGCAAUCGCUUUCUCUUGGGGGAAACAGACUCAAAAGUAUACCAGGGGAGAUAGAAAAUCUAACCAGUCUAGAGCUGCUCUAUCUGGGGGGUAACCAGAUCACCUGCAUCCCUCCUGAGCUGGCCAACCUGCCUUACCUCAGCUACCUAGUCCUGUGUGACAACCGCAUCCAGAGCAUUCCCCCACAGCUCACCAGGCUCCACUCACUGCGUUCCCUGAGUCUACACAACAACCUACUGACAUACCUGCCUCGCGAGAUCCUCAGCCUAGUGCGCCUGCAUGAGCUCAGUCUCCGAGGAAAUCCACUUGUGGUGCGAUUUGUCAAGGAGAUGACUUAUGACCCUCCCUCACUGCUGGAGCUGGCGGCUCGUACUGUCAAGAGCCGGAAUGUUCCUUACUCCCCAUGCGAUCUACCCUCCCACCUCCUGCACUACCUGGAUCUGGCAAGCAAAUGCCCCAACCCCAAAUGUGCCGGUGUGUACUUUGACUCGUGUGUGCGCCACAUCAAGUUUGUCGACUUCUGUGGGAAGUACCGCCUCCCGCUCAUGCACUAUCUGUGCUCCCCAGAAUGCACCUCUCCCUGCAGCUCAAACCCGCAAAGCGAUGCGGAGUCAGAGGACAAAAGCAGCGUUCCUGCUGACCGCCUACAGAGGGUGCUUCUUGGCUAGCAGGAACCAGAACCAUAAUGGACAUUGGAACCAUGGUGGAUCAUUUGGACUUUUUAGUACCUGCUCUGUGAAUGCCACAUAUUGCAAACAUACAUACACACACAGGCAGGCAGUGGUGUCUGUUUAUCAGUGAGUAGCUAUUCUGAUGAAAAGGGGCAAAGGGAUUUGGGGAGAGGAAGAAGAGGGGCAGCAGAGACAGGGAGACAGACUAUUACGCUGAUGGUCUUGAGCUGAUCCUGCUCUUGGCCAAUUGUCCCCCACGAACACAGAGUGUUGUGAUCACCCCCCAACAUAGGGGGGCAGCGCAACACAAAAACAACCUCAGGCCUAGUCUGGCUAGGCAUGAAGAGUUUUUCACCACAGGCUCGAGCACAUGAACCUGCCUUCUCAAAGGACAAGACACAGUUUGAGACCUCAAAGUGCUUGAGAACAAAUGUACUGUGACAGAUGAAUAAUGUUCAUCUCACCAACAGGAUGUGUAUAUGGGAAAUGUUAAAGACCUUCUCAUACACAUUUAACCUGCAGGCACGCAUGCAUACAUGCACACACACGCACGCACACACACACUCAUUGUGAAUUGUGGCUCACUUGUUUGUAUUUUUGUAUACUGAGGACUUGGUUUUCUCUGGCUACAGGCAUCUCCAGAGAUGUAUAAACAUAUGUGCCCAAGACAUUGAGUGCAUGGGUGGGAAUAUAACCCUACUGUUCCCUAGAAUGUGUGUGUUCAAUGUAAAGAGGAGAUACACUAGUAGUUUGUUGAUGUUUAGACAACAAGAAAAUGUUGAUCUAUUGUUACAAUAACAAAUAAUAGUGCCUUACUGAAUAACUGAACCAACUGAAUUAAACAAAUAUAUAAGGAUUUUUGCUCCCUGAAAUGUGACAAUAUUAACAAAAAUGUCUUGUCAUUAUCUGAAAGUAAUUUAUUUUACCAUCCUAACCAGAAUUAUAUGAACAUGGAGUAAAUGUAACAAAUGUACUGUUUUUAUACAAACCCAACCUUUAAAAGUCAAAGACUGGUAGCACACAAUAAUAGUGUGCUAGCAAAAGGCACCUUACUGACUAGAUCAUAGCACUCAUAUUGAAUAAUACCUGUAGAGCUGGACUAAUUGGGCACUUUCAUAAAUAUAGAAUGUAAAGUAUAUAUUAUCAGUAAUAAAAUUUUGAUUUUAAUAUUUUA